CGUAGAAGAGCGCACGCACCUCCGUCUCUACUGCGGCCUACGGAGGCCCGCGUUUAGUCCAGCCGACGCCCUCGGAGACCCGUUUCUCGCCUCUAUGUUCCCGACGUGGGGUCUGUAUGGGGCAACCCCCGGGCCUUAUCCUCCGCCCCCUACAAUGCUGUUGCCGCCGCCGCCUUUGCCGGGCGUGAUGCCUACCACCAUGCCGCCGCCGCCGCCGCCUCAGAUCCCGGUAGCCCCGCCGCCUGUUUUAGGUAGUUACGCGGCCAGUUCGGCGACUACCAGCGCUGCCGGGACUGGGGGAUUUCUGAGUCUCCAGGAACAGCACCUGGUCCAGCUGCAGCAGCUCCAGCAGAUGCACCAGAAGCAGUUGCAAUCGGUGUUGUUAGGGGGGCCCCCUCCGCCCGGCCCGCCUCCCCCGAGUAUGCCCCCUCCUCUGCCCUCUGUCGCCAAUACUUCCUGGCAGCCCCCGGUACCCGCCGGACCGCCGCCCACGCGGAGCUACCAGAAACAAUUCAAACACCGCGAUUCCCUUCCUCCCCCUUUGCCUCGGGAAUCCCAGUUCCGAAAUCCCCCGAUGCCGCCGCUUUCAUCUACAGAUGAGGUUGCCGAGACAUCGCAGCCCCGCAAGGAGUGGGAGUCCCUGGUUCCUUCGGCCAGUCCCCGCAUGGAUAUGGGCAUGGAUAUGGACAUGGAUCUGUCUUCACCCCCGCAAUCGCCUUCCCAGACUUUCAUGCCCCAGUUAGAAGUUGAUCCCUAUGUACCCCCGCCUCAGUCUAUGCCAGCGCAGAGUCAGAUCCCACCCCCGCAGGCUUACCAGCCCCAUUUGCCCUUGUCUCAGGCAGUUCCUAAGACAUUUUCAGACCCCCCACCUUCAGCUGUUUCUCAGCCUUACCCAAACCAGCCCAAAACUUAUCAAACCAACUUCCAGUCGGCCUCCCAGCUAGGCCAGCCCAUUGCAACAUCAGCCUCCCAGCCCGACUCCCACUUCCCUUCAUCCCAGAUUACUCAAGGUGCUUCCGAACCACCAGAAUUAAGACUGAGCGGUGGCCCAGAGAAAGAGUGUGAGCAACAGCAAAGCAGCUCACGUGCAGAUCUAUCCUCAAUGACCCCCCAGGAACAGCAGCAAUAUUGGUAUCAACAGCAUCUACUUACUCUUCAGCAAAGGGCAAAAGCACAUGCAUUGGGACAGCAACAGCCACCUGUUGUGAAUGAUGCCCCAGAACAGAGAAAAGAAGAAAGAGAAACACCUGUUUCUAGUGGCCUUUCUGAACCCAAUUUGAAUUAUGCUCCCAAGUUACCACAUCCAAAAGAUGAAGAGCCUCCUGUGUCAUCUGUUGAACUAAAGCUAAACAUUGAACCUCCAGAAGAUCCUGAAGAAAGCUUGAGAUUACAGCAGCUACAGGCAGCAGCAACACAAUGGCAGCAACAUCCACAACAAAGAGUGGGUUUCCAGUAUCAAAGAAUAAUGCAAAAACAUUCACAGUUGCAACAAAUUUUACAACGCUAUCAACAGAUUAUACAGCAGCCAUUACAUUUGUCAACAGCAACAACAGAGGUGCAGUUACAGCAUUAUGAGACUCAGAAUAAACAAUUCCAGCCACUUUACAAAGAAUGGGAACGUGAGUUUCAGCAGUGGCAGGAUCAACUUCAGACCUAUCCUCACAAAGACCAGCUUCAUGAGUGUGAGAAACAGUGGAAAGUGUGGCAGGGACAAAUGAAAGCCACUUACACUCACCUUCAGGAGAAGGUGAAGUCUUUGCAAAACCUGAAUACUCAGUGUCCUGGGAGCACGUUUCCAUUUUCUCCAUAUUCUCAAACAGUGCAAAGUAGCACGCCUGUUUUACCUGCAGCUGCACUUCCUCCAUCAACUCCUGGAUUUUCUGCUGGCCCAGCAGCAUCUGACAUGGCUGAAUCUGGACCUAAGAGCACUCAAACCACAGAAACAAGACCAACCAUAUUUCCUACUCCUAAUUCUUUUUCUUUUAAAGUCAGUGAAUUACUUUCCAGUUCUCAGGUGACAGAAGGGGUCAGGCCAGCUCUUCUUCCUACCCCUUCAUCUGGUUCUUUCACACCCAACACAGAAGAUUCUUCUACUACUUCCCAGAGCACGGAGGCGAGGCCAACCUUGUUUUCUGCGCCUACCUCUUUUACAUUUAAAGUUACAGAAUCAGCUCCCACUUCUCAAAACACAGAAACUGCCAGACCAUGUCUUCUUCCUACCCCUACUACUACUACUACAUUUACUUUCAAAGCAACUGAAUCUCCUGCUACCUCCCAGACCAUGGAGACAACCAGACCAGCUCUGCUUCCUACCCCUACCCAUAGUUCCUUUCCUUUUAAAAAUAAUGAUUCAUCUGUCAUCAUGCAGACAACUGAAACAGCUAGACCAGCUUUGCUUCCUACUCCUACUUCUGCUUCUUCUUUUUCAUUUAAGGUUAAUGAUUCAAAUGUAGCUACCCAAGUCACUGAAACCAACAGGCCAGCCCUUCUUCCUACCCCUUCCCCUGGUUCUUUUUCUUACACUGAUACAUCAGCCACUCUGCCUUAUUCAAGUGUGACAGCAUCUGCUAGCUCUUCAGACCAAGGUGAUUCUUACGCUCCUCUGGGCAAACAGGCAGUGGCAUUUGGGUCAGUCUCAUCUGACCAUGCUACCGUAAAAGUGAAUUCAGAAUCUGCAAUAGCUUCAUCAUCUGCGUCCACCACUACUAUCACUACCACCACUGCUUAUCAGAACAGAUCACAGAGGCCAUCUGGGUUUUCUGAUCCCCCCAGGGCACCAUGCUACGAAGGGCCCAAGGGCCCAAGAUUAGAUGGACCACGGGGAAGAGGUGUUGAGCCUCAAAGGCAAAAAGGUGCUCAUUUUCAGGGCCAACGUGUAGAAGGUCCAAGGGCAAGACUUCAGAAUCAGCACAUAGAUGGAUCUUCAGGAAAACAGGGGACAAUCCCUCGAGGGCCAGCAGCAGCAUUUUACGCUCCUUUGGGAACAUCACACAUACAGUCUUCUUCUCAAGCAAGUGGACCAUGGUGGCAGGGACAACCAAACCAUCAAGGAGAAAAUAAAGAACUACAUAUUGAUACUGUCAAUAAAUCUAAAUUUAUGUCUGAUGUAAAAGUUUCUGGCCCAGUUCAGCCGGAUAAGGGUCUGCCUAAUGUACAGCAAACUACAUCCAGGAAGGAUGCCAUAGAAGCAAUGUCAGAAAUAAAGAAAUCAAGUUCCACAGAUUCCGGAUUACACGCAGAAGUAUCCAAAACUCCUUGCACGUCCACAAGUCUGCAUCAGAUACCAGUUUCUAAUAUUCCUCAAACAACAGGAGGGAAGAAAACAUUACCACCACCAUCAAUCAAAGGAAAUAAAGAUAUGAACGCUACAAAAAAUAAACUGGUUUCUCCAGACAAUAAUCAGAAUAAGGAAUCCUCUAAACUAGAAAAGAGGGAGAAGGGACAAAUGAAGCCAGGAGAUAACCAGGGAAUAGGGCCAGCUGGCAGAGGCAGAGGCAGAGGCCAAUAUAGAAUGGAAGAUACUAGAGGCAGAGGACGGGGCCGAUUAGAAGACAUGAGAGGAAAGGGAAAAGCAAAUAGAGGGAGAGGUCAAUCAAGGGAUGGUGUUGGUAGAGAUAUAAGCAGCGGGCUAGGAACCCAUGACAAGCUUCCAGAAGGUCAGUUAAGUAACUGGGAAUCUGGGAUGGGUAGGCAGGGAGGUAACCAGGAAAGAAAACUGGGCAGGCAAUCAAACAGCCAGGAAAGAGGGUUACCAGCUCCUCGGAUGAGCAGCAGGGAAAGAAUCCAAGCAAAUAGCCAGGAAAGUGGUAAAAUCAGGCCUCCCAGCAGUCAGGAGCGAGGAUUGGACUGGCAAAUUGGAAGCAGGGAGAAAGCCCCAGGUCGACAACCUACUAAUAGAGAGAGGGACACAGAUAGACAAGGUAAUGGUCGGGAAAGAGAACCAAUUAGAAGGCCUAGCAAUCGGGAGCAGGAUCUACACAGACGUGAUACAGGAUUUGGAGGAAAUGUUGAAAAUUUAUCAUCAUUUUGUGAAGAACCACCAAGGCCUCCAUGGAAUUAUGAAGAGCAAAGCAGAGAAGAGGGCCAUUCAUUUGACUACAGAGAUAUUCCUCCUUUAGAACACAGACGAUUAGAUGAUUGGGAAAGAGAUAGAUGUUGGCACGAUCGAGACGAGAGGUUUGAUGAUUCCCUUGAUCCAUAUGAGAGAGAUGAGGGGGUACCACAACGUCAUCCCUUACCCCCUCUUUCCCCACUUCCCCCUCUUCCUCCUUUACCUCCUUUGGUGGAUCGAGAACCAUUUUGGGAUGAUUGGGAAAGACCAUUGAGUAGAGACAGAGAGGGAGACAGGGAUCUUAGCAGGAUCAGAAAACCCUUGGAUGUGUAUGAUCGUGAAUUGGAAAGAGACUGGGAUAGGGAUUAUAUCAGAUCAUCGGGGGACAGAGAUACAUUGAAUUGUGAUAUGGACAUACCGCCUCUACCUCCUUUGCCACCUCUGCCUCCACUUCCUCCAGUAGAUAGAUAUCAUGAGGACAGAUGGUUAGAAGAGAGAGACAGAGAUUUCUACAACAGAGAUUCUAGAGACAUUGGGGGGAUUAGAAUUCGUGAAUAUCCAGAAAGACAUGACACAUGGAGAGAACAGUCUGAUUUACCUCCUGACAGAGGAGAUUGGGAAAGAGAAAGGUUUUCAGAGCGGUGGUAUCCUGAUGAAAUGGAUAGAUUUACAUCUUUAGACAAUUGUCUGGAUCCACCCCCCAUGUUACCACGCUCAUCUGAAUUGUUGGAAGAAGAACCAAAUUUAGCUUCUGAUCAGUCGUUAGGAGGAGUAAUGGUUCUUAGUCAAAGGCAACAUGAAAUAAUCUUGAAGGCUGCCCAAGAACUAAAGAUGAUACGAGAACAAAAAGAACAUAUGCAGAAGAUGAAUGAAUUUGUUCCUAGUGCACAAAUGUCUGAACUUCCACGACAAGAAAUGUCCAGGUUACGAAGUACAUCUGCUAGGAAAGAUAACUUUCAGGCCUCUUCUGAAAUGCAAGGUAAAAUGACAGCAGAGGAACAAACUAAUAAGCUUACUCCAGCUGUAAUUACAAAGCCCCCUGUCUUGUUUCGGAAACCUGCUCCAACCACUAAGCCACCUCCUAUAAAAUCUUCUCCAGUGACAAGACCUCCUGUUUCAGCUGCAAAGGUUCCUAUCCCAACAGGAAAGCCACCUGCUCUACCAUUACAGUCAAAUAUUCCAAUUUCCAUUUCAACUGCAGCAACAGCUCAGGUUUCAGUUCCCAUGGUAAAGACAUCAACUGAUAUGGAUGAAGAACGUUGGGAUGAGGACUCUUUCCAGGGACUUUGGGACAGUACUGAGGAUAAAGGGUUGAAAUUAGACUAUGACUUACCUACAUCGGAUUCUUCAUUGCCUUCAUCAACAAUCUCAGCAUCCCAUUUGGCACCCCAUGCCAAGCCACCAAUUAUUCAUCAGACUGUUGACUAUGGACAUGGACACGGCCAUGGACAAGAUAUAACUAUCAGUAAAAGUGGACAACAAAUUCCGUACGGAGAGCGAAUAACUCUACAUCCAGAACCUCAUGAAAGGCAACCCUUUUCAAAAGAACACUUAGGCCAGCGGGAUCGAUACAUCAAGGAGAGAGAGAAUUAUUUUGAACGACAAAAUAAUUCCAACCCAGACCACAGGGAUUUCAGGAGGGAACGAGAACCAUACAGAGAACGGAUUUCUGGAGAUCAUGAUCGGGAACGAUUUGACAAAGAACGAUACCCACGAGAAGACAGGCCAUCUCCUUCAAGAAAUCAGUCUUACCGUGACAAAGAUCAUUCAGUCUCAAGAAGGGGAGGAUUUGAAAGACAGUCAUAUGAGCGGAAGCCUGAUCGUCCUCCUUAUGAUCAUGGGCCUUCCAUGUUUGGAGGUGAUCGGAGAAAUUAUGCUGAGGAUAGAAUUCCUAUUUCUGCUCCAACAAUACCACGACAACCACCACCUGCCCCACGGGUAGAAAGAAAACCAGAAUCAAAAAAUGUGGAUGAUAUAUUGAAGCAGCCUGGACGGGAAAGUAGACCAGAACGGAUUGUCAUAAUCAUGCGAGGAUUGCCAGGCAGUGGAAAGACUCAUGUUGCUAAGCUCAUCAGGGAUAAAGAAGUGGAAUGUGGGGGAGCUGCACCCAGAGUCCUCAGCCUGGAUGACUAUUUUAUCACUGAAAUAGAAAAAGAAGAGAGAGAUCCAGACACAAAGAAGAGAGUAAAAAAGAAGAUUUUGGAGUAUGAAUAUGAAGCUGAUAUGGAAGAGGUCUAUCGUGCCAGCUUGUUUAAAACUUUCAAGAAGACUUUGGAUGAUGGAUUUUUCCCCUUCAUCAUACUUGAUGCCAUCAAUGAUAGAGUACGGCAUUUUGAGCAAUUCUGGAGUGCUGCAAAAACAAAAGGAUUUGAAGUUUACUUAGCUGAAAUAACUGCAGAUAAUCAGACUUGUUGCAAGAGAAAUGUCCAUGGACGCAAGCUCAAAGAAAUCAAUAAGAUGGCUGAUCAUUGGGAGACAGCACCGCGUCACAUGAUACGUUUAGACAUUCGCUCUUUAUUACAAGAUGCUGCGAUUGAAGAGGUGGAGAUGGAAGAUUUUGACGCAAAUAUUGAAGACCAAAAAGACGAAAACAAAAAAGAUGCAGAAGAAGAAGAGAGCGAACUGGGUUACAUUCCGAAAAGCAAAUGGGAGAUGGAUACUUCUGAAGCAAAAUUAGACAAAUUGGAUGGGUUGCGAACUGGUACUAAGAGGAAACGUGAUUGGGAAGCAAUUGCCAGCAGAAUGGAAGAUUACCUUCAGCUUCCAGAUGAUUACGAUAGCCGUGCUUCUGAACCUGGGAAAAAAAGGGUAAGGUGGGCAGAUCUUGAAGAAAAAAAGGAUGCAGACAGAAAAAGGGCCAUUGGUUUUGUUGUGGGGCAAACAGACUGGGAGAAAAUCACAGAUGAAAGUGGUCAUUUUGCUGAGAAAGCCCUCAAUCGCACCAAAUACAUCUGAAUCAGUUGGCACAUGGAAGAUGUCUUCCUUUAAGGCUGUUUGCUUUGGUGAGAGCUGUGCACAAAGUGGUAUAGUUGGAACAAGUCAUUACCCAUCUAGAGAAUUUUGUGAUUUUUUUUCCUUUUUAACUUUUUAUUUCAUUGUGUUCCUUGCCAUUUAACUGGUGAUAUAACCAGGAUCCCCAAGUUAUAUAUCCUCUUGCAUCUAAAUGUGAAGAAAAUUUUAUGUUAAAAUCAGUAGUAUUAGCUUUUAUGUGUGCAGUAGAAUUUGCAAGACAGUACUGAAGCCAUUUCCUCUGCUGUACUCUGAACCCAAUGUCAGCAUUACUUUGUAUUGUUGCUUUGUGCUAUUGUUAUUUUAUACUGUACAAACUUGGUAGUUUAUUGUACUAGGAAACAGAACAAUAAACUUUCACUAUGAAUUUAA